AAAGAGAGGAAGGUACUGUAAAUAUAUCUACAGAAAAACUGUUUAAUUGUAUGUGUAAAUGUACAUGUUUUGAAUGCGAAUGUCUUUGUCGAUUGUAAAACUGUGAUGCGGUAAAAAGGGAAUUCCCAUAAUCUAUUUAUAUUCAGCUGGCUGUGACAGUUUUGUUUACAUUUGUUAGAAAAAAAAAAACAACAACAACAACUGUUUAUUAGUUAAGGUUUAUUGAUUGUUUAAGUUUUCUUUUUCAGGUUUAUUGUCAAAUUAGUUAGGGUUUUUUUUCAAUUUGUAUUUUAUUUAUUUAGUUUGUAAUUAUUUUAGGUUAAGGAUAUUUAUAUUUGUAUUAGUUUAACAAAUUGUUUGCAGUUAGGUAGCAGCAAGCCGAGUUCACAAUCUAACCAGCAUGCAUGAAGUUAAUUAAACUAAUUUCUUUCAGUCCAGUGACCAGUAGAUAGACCUGAAAUACAGCUGAUACAUCUGAUUCAAUUCAUAUAUUUGAAAGUGUGCAGUCAGUUUUGUGUGAAUGUGAGUGAGCUUUAGAAUUUUAUAAAGAUUUUGUUUAUAAAUUAAUGUAGAUUUGGGGAAAUUAUCAUUAACAUUUAAGCAUCUGAGAAUUCCUGAAAUUUAAAGUUUGGAAUAGUAGUUUUAAGGUGAUAUUGUGACAUUUGAGUUGUCAGUUGUGGUGAUUCUGGUAAUUAAGUUGCAUCUGGCUUAAUUAAUUUGGACAUAGAUAAUCAUUGGUUAUUGGUAGAUGAUUAGUGUUUGUCUGAUUGAUAGAGAUUGUUCAAGUUGAAUACUUGGUGCAUGGUUGAUUGUAAAAUUGCUGUCAGUAUUUGGUUUAAGAGGUUCUUAGUUGAAUUAUGGCUGGGGAGACAGAGGAAGUCAAAAGGUCGGAUAAGGCUAAGGUCAGGGAUACUGGUGUUGAUAAGUCAAAGGAUAAGAAGAGUAGUGUUGGUGAUAAUUUAGGGGAUCGGAAGGAUACUGUUGGUGAUAAGUCAGAGGAUCAGAAAAUGGAUUUUGCUGGUCGCUUACCAGUGUCAAGUACACCUAUGUCUGUGAAAAAGGGGGAUGCUCAAAAACAAAAGGUAUCUGUACCUAUUGACCAAGACCAAGAUAAUCAGUUAUUUACUGAAUUUGAUCAAGAUCCUGCCUUACAUCUUGGGCAAAAACAGAAAGCUCCUUUUUCAAAGUUAGCUUGUAAUUUUGGUGACCUUAGCAUGAGUAAAAAAGUACAAAACUUUGGUGACACUAGUAGAAGUAACAAACUACAAAAUACCUUCCAUGAUCAGUAUGGUAAUAGUAUUAAUCAGGUGUACGAACUAAAUAACAACUUCCCAAGAAUCCCACAAUUCUCGGGUGAUGACCCUCCUCAAAAAGGGGAUGUUUCCUACAAAGAGUGGCGGUUUGAAGUGCAGUGCCUAAUAAGUGACCCUGACAUUAAACCAAAUCUUCUGAUACAAAGUAUUAGACGUUCAUUAAGGGGUACGGCUAAAACUAUGCUUAUUCCUUUAGGUGAAAAAGCUAGUGUAAAGCAAAUUUUAGAUAAGCUUGACAUCUUAUUUGGUGAAAUUGCAAACAAUGGGAUGAUAAUGCAAGAAUUCUUUAAUGCAUUUCAGCUUCCAGGUGAGAAUGUUACAUAUUUUGGUUGCCGACUCGAAACAAUGCUGCAAAAUGCCAUUGAUAAUGAUUAUUUAGAUAGCGCAUCCAAGAACGAUUUGUUAAGGCAUAAGUUCUGGACUUCAUUAAGUUCGGAGAAACUUAAGUCUCAAACGCGACACAAGUAUGAUGCAAUAAAGAAUUAUGACAGAUUAUUAUUAGAAAUUAGAAGGGUAGAAAAGGACAUUUUGAUAAGUUCAAGCAUUUCAGAGAACAAGCCAGUUCAUCAACAUGGAAUAAUGACUAAUGAAGACUUAGAGGACAAGCUGAUGGAGAAAAUGGAGAACAUGGAGACAAGACUUGAAGGUAAGAUUGAUGAUAAGUUCAACAAGAUUCUAGAGAAACUAGAUGGGUCUUCAGGUAAAACCAAUGAGGAAAAAAGGUAUGAACCAAGAGGCAGAGGUGGUUACCAAAGAAACUACAGAGGUCGUGGAUAUCAGAGAGGAAACUUCAACAACUACAGAGGUAACUCAAAUGACAAAAGAUAUGGUCAAGGUCGAGGUCAAUUUCCGAGGAAAUAUCAAGGUAACCCAAACGACUAG